AUGGCAGACGACGAGCGCCGAGCGAAACGAUCUCGCUUCGAUCAGACCGAACCCGACCCUCGCCGGCAGUCCAGGUUCGACCGUCGCUCACGAUCACCCACCUCUCGCCAGUCUGAGUCGGCACGCCAUCGCAGUCCGUUAAGUCGAGAGCCUCGCAGCCCUGGCGCUGAGGCUCCUAAAUCAGCGAGUCCACAUGACCCUGCUGCUGCUGCAGCUGCUGCCGCAGCAAAGAUAAAUGCACAGCUACAGGCUAAAAAGGGCAUUCAACAUGUUGACGUGCCUCCUAUUCGCUCGACUGCAAGCCCUGUCGCAAAAUCUACAACUCCCAUCGAAGGUGCUACCAAGCUUGAUAAUGAUGUUUACAUUGCGGAUGGAGACUAUAUCAGAGAUAUUGAAGUCAAUGAUCUGCGCAAUCGAUAUACCCUGACCAAAGGGUCUACGCAGAGAAUGAUUAAAGAAGAAACUGGCGCCGAUGUCACGACCCGUGGUAGCUACUACCCGGAUAAGUCUAUGGCUACGGCUGCGAAUCCGCCACUUUACCUUCAUAUUACAAGCACAUCUCGAGAAGGCCUAGACAAAGCCAUUGAACGCAUCGAAGAGCUGAUGAAGCAAGAAUUGCCGAAUCUUGUGGACGAGCGUCGAUUUCGUCGACGGGAACAACCUGAGGUGGAGCGUGAUGAAUUUGGGCGGAGGAAAUGGCCCGAGGAACGUAUUCCUGUUGACUUAGAACCAAUCCAAGGUUUCAAUUUGCGAGCCCAGGUUGUCGGCCAGGGCGGUGCCUACGUCAAACACAUCCAACAGAAGACCGGCUGUAAGGUGCAGAUCAAGGGUCGUGGAUCUGGAUUCAGAGAAAUUGGUACCGAUCGUGAGAGUGAUGAACCCAUGUACUUGCAUGUUGCCGGCCCCGAUCCCAGUCAAGUACAGAACGCUAAAGAGCUAUGUGAGGAUCUUUUGUCAAACGUUCGAGAGCAGUAUCAACGCUUCAAAGAAAAUCCUCCUCAGCAUAGCUACGGUGGUUAUGGCCAACGCGGUGAUCGCCAUCAUGGUGGGGGUUAUGGUGGUGGCUAUGGCGGGUAUCAGCAGCAAGGCCAACAGUCUUCAGCUAGUGCAUCAAUGAGUCCUACCGGUCAAGGCGCUCCAGGCGAGGGGGCACCUGGUGCUACCAACUCCGACUAUGCUGCUCAAUAUGCCCAGUACUACGGUAGUGGCUCGGAUCCAUACGCCGCAUACGGCGGUUACCAGAACUAUGUCGCUUACUAUCAAUACUAUCAACAAUGGGCUCAGCAGCAACAAGGGGCCACCGAUGGCGCUGCACCUCCACCACCCCCUCCUUCAAAUGAUGUACCUCCCCCUCCUCCGCCGGGAGCUGGAUCUGGAUCCCCUCCCCCUCCACCACCUCCGAGUGGGGGUUACAACGCUGUUCCUCCGCCUCCUGGGUUAUGA